CAAACCUGUUAAGUGCAUGUUUAUGAUGCAGCUGUAGCAACUAGGGCUCAUAGACACUAGUCUAAUUCCAAUUGUCUCACUGUCCAUUUUAGAUGAAUACUUGAUUGAAUUUAACACGAACAUUUCCUUCAGUUACACGGUCAAGAUGAAUUCACAUCAUGCUUUUUUAAAUACACAUAUUUCUCUUGGUCAUUAUUCACUUUGAGCGCUAUAUUUUUGGACAUUUCAAAGUUGAUUUAGACUGUCACAAAGUGACCCCCGUGACUUCAGUUGCGUCUCGGCCAGAAGAGCAGCAUUACCGGUUAAUGGGAGCACAGGGACGCGCUCCGGGUCGCUUGUAUUCGCAUUUCUGUUGUGAUCUUUUGCUACGCUUUGAGAAUGGACUCCAAUUAGGUGACGGAACUUGUGCCGUUGUAAAACCACCAGUAACGCUCCGUAACCUCUUGCAAACGCCUGCAACAAAAUCAGAGAUGUGACAGCAGUUGACAGCGGGAAUAAGGGGUCAUCAGCGGCUGUUUCGGUCGUGCGUCAGCACCUAGAAAAACGAGGAAAGCCCGAGGAUCAAGGCCUCCGUCCGGAUGACACCAGGACCGGCAGCCGGCCACACCACACUUCCUAGCUAGCAUUUGCUAAGCUAACCAAUGCCUUCCCAGGACUGAAGUUUACUCAAGCCUAGCUCAUGGAUUUUCCAACUUUCACAUCUUUAUUUCGGACGUCUUUACAAGAUGCAUGGUGAUACCUGGGGGAAAGACGAAACACCAUUUGUUUCGGCGCGAUGGAUGGACUCAAUAGCCAGGCUCUAAGCCUGGACCCACGGAAGCAGGAAUUGCUUGAGGCGCGAUUCACUGGACUUGGGGUCGCCAAGAAUUCUGGCAACAGUGAAUCAUCGAACCAGUCUCUUUGCAGUGCAGGAUCCCUCAGUGACAAGGAGCCAGAGACUCCAGAAAAAAAGAGUAGUGAACUGCGAAGCAGGAAGAGAAAAGUGGAUCUCUAUGAUAACAACAGUCAGGGAAAAGGAAGGGGGCAGAAAAUCAGUGAUUAUUUUGAGUUCCAGCACAGCAGCCCCUCAUCGACAGGCUCUGUCCACACAGACUCUUCCUCUUCCAGCUCUAUCAGAUUGCCCCACACACACUCCUGCUCCCACAAAGCCACCCAGUCAGAACUGACACUGCUGAAACUGACAGCACUGGAAAAAAACAAGAACUCUGACCUGGAGAAGAAAGAGGGGCGUAUAGAUGACUUGCUCAGGGCCAACUGUGACCUGAGGCGACAAGUAGAUGAGCAGCAGAAGAUGUUGGAGCGCUUUAAGGAUCAACUCAACAAGUGUGUGACCAUGAGCAAGAAGUUGCUCAUAGAAAAGUCAAAGCAGGAGAAAAGGGCCUGCCGAGACAAGAGCAUGCAGGACCGCCUGCGUCUGGGCCAUUUUACCACUGUACGCCAUGGCGCGUCCUUCACCGAGCAGUGGACAGAUGGGUUUGCCUUCCAAAACCUUAUCAAGCAACAGGAGCGGAUCAACUCUCAGCGGGAGGACAUUGAGAGACAGAGAAAGCAGCUGGGAAAGAGGAAACCUCCUGCAUUGGCCCAGACACCUCCACACAACAUAGAGCAGAACAAGAGAAAGAGCCGGAAUAACGGCCAGGAGAGCGAAGUAUUGUCGCUGGCAGAGUACCACGAGCAGGAGGAGAUUUUCAAACUUCGUAUUGUUUAUCUUAAAAAGGAAGAAGCGGAGAUCCAAACAGAGUUAGAACAUCUGGAGCGGGUUAGAAACCUGCACAUACGAGAGCUGAAGAGGAUCCACAAUGAAGACAAGUCCCAUUUCAAGGAUAACCCCACACUGAAUGACAGGUAUCUGCUGUUACAUUUACUUGGGCGAGGAGGCUUCAGUGAAGUUUACAAGGCAUUUGACUUGACCGAGCAAAGAUAUGUUGCCAUUAAAAUCCAUCAGCUCAACAAAAACUGGAGGGAGGAGAAGAAACAAAAUUACCACAAACACGCCUGCAGAGAAUACCGAAUCCACAAAGAACUUGACCACCCUCGAAUAGUCAAGCUGUAUGACUACUUUUCUCAGGACACGGACUCGUUCUGCACAGUUCUGGAGUACUGUGAGGGCAACGACUUGGACUUCUACUUGAAGCAGAACAAACUCAUGAGUGAGAAGGAAGGUCGCUCCAUCGUCAUGCAAAUAGUAAAUGCUCUCAAGUACCUAAACCACAUCAGACCACCAAUAAUCCACUACGACCUUAAGCCUGGAAACAUCCUGCUGGUAAACGGCUCAGCUUCUGGUGAGAUCAAGAUCACUGAUUUUGGUCUGUCCAAGAUCAUGGAUGACGACAGCUACAGCUCUGCAGAGGGGAUGGAACUGACCUCACAGGGUGCAGGGACCUACUGGUACCUCCCACCAGAGUGUUUUGUGGUGGGCAGCGAGCCUCCGAAGAUUUCUAACAAAGUGGACGUGUGGUCAGUCGGGGUGAUAUUUUACCAGAGCUUAUAUGGACGCAAGCCGUUUGGUCAUAACCAGUCGCAGCAGGACAUUCUCCAGGAGAACACCAUCCUGAAAGCCACUGAGGUGCAGUUUCCUCCCAAACCUGUGGUCACCUCAGAAGCCAAGGCUUUCAUUCGCCGCUGCCUUGCAUAUCAUAAGGAGGACCGUAUAGAUGUGCUCCAGCUAGCCAGUGACCCUUUCCUCAUGCCACACAUCAGGAAGACCCUUGCCAACAGCAACAACCCCUCUGUCACAGUGCCAUUCCCCUCUACUUCCACCUGCUUCAGCAACAGUGCCUCCAACUGAUGUGAGUGGGGGACCACUGGAGAACCAGAGAGGAUUGAUCAGCUGUCUGUAUGACAAGUGGAACACAAGUGGAUGUUGCUGUGUUGAAGCUGUGUGCUGGUGCUUCACCAUCGUCCAGCAAGACUAGAUGUUGCAAUGUGGGCUCAGGAAACCCAAAGAUUUUCAUGCACUAACAGACUUCUGGUGCAGGCUAUGUGGUUCAUCCAUGGAAGCACCUGCAUAUUUGCACAAAUGGCAGGUGAGUGUGGACCACGCCUACCUACAGAUGUUUAUCAACAGCAUCCCGUGACACACUUGUAGCGGUCAAGUGCUUUUAGAAGUGUUCAGAGACAUGACAACCAAAGCUAAAUGUUGACCGCAGAAUCACCUCCGAUGCUGUGGCGUGACCAACAACUUAAAACGUGAAGUUUCUGCUGAAUGGAAAAUUUACAUUUUGUCAAUGAACUCCCUUUCUUCAUCUUUUUGUUAACCUGAGGAAGGGGCUUCUAUAACGAAUGGUAUUAGUGUCAACACAUCUUAUUCAGAAAAUUGUAAAAUAAAAGAUAUUCAACUUGGA